ACAUUAAUAUUGUUGGUGUCUUGCACGGGCUGCGGCGCGGAACGAAACAUGCCACGGAGUAUGCGGGCAGACAGUCGAGAUCGUGCAGGUACAUUUCCAGGCUUCACAGGGACAUUAACACAGCUGGCGAAAUAGUAGUCGAGAACCAAGGUUGGAUGAAGACACGGUUGAAUGAAGGAGGGCAGACCCAAGGGCACCGGCGGCAGGCAGAGCACUGAAGUGGGGGAAGCUAGCCAGUGGUUAAAGAGGCGGACAGUAUCUGCACAACGAGGAGUUCCUUCGCAUGAAAAUAUUUUGUCACUGUUAGUUUGGAAUUACAGUUCAAGAACAGAAGCUAGGGAGAAUCAUGGCCGGCCGUCCUGUGAUUGCAAUUGCUGGUCUCGCGUGUGAAACCUCUACCUUCACUCCGUCCAGGACACUUGCACCGGCAUUCCAUCCGCGACGUGACGCGGCAGUCAUUGAGAAAUAUGCCUUUUUACAUCCAGAAACGCCUCUUGCCGAUGCUGCGGACUGGCGAGGUGCUCUGAUCGGUCACGCUCUCCCAGGGGGGGUCGUCACUCGAGCUGCAUUUGAGGAACUGGCAGACGAAAUAACAACAAGGCUCUCUAAUAUCGUCGCCUCUACGCCGCGCCUUGAUGGUUUGUGGUUUGACAUCCACGGUGCCAUGUGCGUAGAAGAGCUUGAUGAUGUGGAAGCCGAGCUGCUCCGACGGGUUCGCGCCAUCGUUGGACUAGAUGUAAUUGUGUCUGCAUCGAUGGAUUUGCAUGGGAACGUUUCGCGUGAACUUGCUCACCAGACUGAUUUGAUAACGUGCUACCGAAUGGCUCCCCACGAAGAUGUGAUGGAAACAAAAGAACGUGCCUGUCGCAAUCUUGUGGAGCUUAUCGCAAAGCAACCUUCAGCCGGUCCUCGCGUUAGACCGUUUAAAGCUUGGAUUCCUAUUCCAAUACUUCUACCAGGCGAGCAGACCUCGACUCGAGUUGAGCCAGCAAAGCAUAUAUACGCUGCAGUGCCUGGAGUUGAAGCUAUGGAGGGUGUUAUCGAUGCUGCAAUCUGGGUUGGCUAUGCCUGGGCCGACGAGCCUCGGAAUCGAGCUAUUGUCAUGGCCACAGGAUGGGACAAAGCUGUUGUCUCAACGGGAGCCGAGAAAUUGGCGAAACUGUUCUGGGACUCACACGCAGACUUUGUAUUCGUUGCCCCAACUGGUACUUACAAGGAAUGUCUCGACACUGCUCUCGCGUCUUCUGCUCGCCCAUAUUUUGUUUCCGAUAGUGGCGAUAACCCAACAGCAGGUGGAAGCGGCGAUAUGACCUGGGGUCUCACUAAAUUACUGGAUCGCCCGGAAUUUAAAGAACCUUCUGGUCCCACAGUCAUAUAUGCCAGUGUCCCUGGACCGAAGGCGAUUGACACGGCUGUGAAUGCGGGGGUCGGAGCCACUGUGACAGUGACAGCUGGUGCAGAAGUCGAUGACAUUCAUUCAGGACCCAUCACUAUGACAGGUCGUGUACAUUCCAUCAAACACGGCGAUCGAGAUGCCGUUGUUGAAGUUGUGCUGCAAGUCGGUAGUGUCUUUGCUAUCUUAACCAAGCUGCGCAAACCAUAUCAUAAAGAGCAUGACUUUACUGAUCUAAAUCUCAAACCUCGCUCUGCCGAUAUCGUAAUUGUCAAGAUUGGCUAUCUUGAGCCUGAACUGUACAAUAUGGCUGCGGAUUGGAUGAUGGCUCUGACCCCUGGAGGUGUCGACCAGAACUUGAUCAGACUGGGCCAUCAUCGAAUCCGGCGCCCAAUGUGGCCGUUCGAUAAGAACUUUGAAAAGGAAGUUAAUCUUAGGACGCGACUAAUUUCAUUUUCUCAUGAGCCACUGGCUGGUCCGGAUGAAUAGUGUGCAUUAGGCUUGGAUUGGUUAAAGUAGAUUUUCAACAGAUUCACGUUUUGUAAAACAGCUACGACUUGAUAUUCUAGAGGGAUAAAAGUUGUAUUUCUUGUAUUUUAUAAAUCACUCUGUAUAGAAGUGGC